AUGACAACAACGACAACAAUGGAGAAUCUAGAGCAGAUCCACCAAACCCUCAGCGACAUUGACGGCCGAAUCCCCGACGCCAUCCGCGUCGCAUUAGGGCUCCACCGAGUGUCUCCCCCGCCGGCUCCCGGCGAGGACGACGACGUCGCCGACUUUGCCAUCUCCCUGUUGCAGCCGCUGGCAACGGAGGACGGCGGUGACCGUGGCCCCGCCGAUCCCGACGUCGCGGCGUCGGGCCUGAGGAUCGAAUGGGGGUCAUGCUACGUGCCGUUGCACGACCACGACGCGCACUUCGGGGACGCCAUAGCCGGCGCCUUCGGCGUGGCGGACGGCGUCGGUCAGUACAUGGACGCCGGCGUGGACGCCGGUGCGUUCUCUCGCGGCCUCAUGGCGAGCGCCUCCGCGGAGGUUGCCGGUUUGGAGCCCGGCACGCCCGUCUGCCCUCACGCGCUGCUGGAACGCGCCUAUGAAAAGACGGCCGCGGCAGGCGCGCCCGGGGCGUCGACGGCGGUCAUCCUGUCGCUCGCCGCCGGCAACGCUCUAGCGUGGGCGUACAUCGGCGACAGCGCCUUCGCCGUGCUCCGUGGCAGCAAGAUCGUGUUCCUGUCGACGCCGCAACGGCAUCUCUCCCGCACCUCGCGAUCGAAGCUUCACUUCUCCUCCACCCCUGCCCGGCGGAAAGAGCACCUCUUCUCCUUCAACGACCCACCGUUUCAGCUCAGCGCCGUGGGCGAACGCAGCGACAGCGUCGUCGAUGCGGUGGUGGGGCAAGUCGCGGUGAGGGCCGGCGACGUCGUGGUGGCCGGGACGGACGGGCUGUUCGACAACGUGCUCGACGAGCAGCUGGAGCGCGCCGUGCAGAUGGGCACAAAGCUUGGCUUCUCGCCUAAGAAUAUGGCGGACAUCAUCGCCGGCGUCGCUUACGAGAGGUCAAAUCAAUCAAGCUCAAGGCGAUUACGCAUGGGGAAGCCCGACGACAUUACCGUUCUUGUCGCGUUCGUUGUUCCAUUGGACUCGUGA